UUGGUUGUCGUCACUGUGGGGUAUAGGAUGGGACCAUUAGGUUUUCUGGCAUUGAAUGACGAGGAAUUCCCAGGUAAUUAUGGUCUGCACGAUAUUCGGGCCGCUUUAGAUUGGGUUUUCCACAACAUUGAAUACUUUGGAGGACGGCAAAACCAAAUCACCAUUCUGGGACAUGGCAGUGGU